UCUGCCUAUGACAGCUGUUGUCAAACGGCAAUCGUAUUGGUGGUGAAAAUCGCAGCGAGGAAAAGCCGACCGACGAGUCACCGAAUUUGUUGGCAAUUUUCUCGUGCAUUUCGCAUUCGCGAACGCUUUUCCGAACGUACAGCUAGCAGAAAAAGAAUUUCAACUUUCCGUCAACCGCCGCCGGGUUUUCCGUAGCCGUUCGAAGCUCUCGUGUCAUCAUCCGGAACGGAAGAAGCCGCGCAACAGCUUCUGCUCCCUCGCCCGUACGCAGUCGUCGUUCGUAUUAGUCCGUGUACCGACUCAAACAUCCCCCCGACCCACUACUGCCUAGCAAAGCCGAAUAUCGUUCAUCGCGCGAGUACGUUACCCGAAACCCGUCUCCCCCCCUUUCGCGCGUCUACGAGUGGCCCUCCCACCGCCGUUGGUUGGCCGCCACUCACCGUCCGUGCGUGAGUUUUUGCCCCGCCGGUUAUGAGCAAAGCCGUCAAAAUAGAUCCAUCCAGUGAAAGCAGCCGGGAGCUGCCGCCCGGUACGUUCAAGCUCUUCAUCGGCAAUGUCGACGAGAAGACGCAGCCGUCCGAACUGCGGCCACUGUUCGAAAAGUACGGUACGGUUGUCGAGUGCGAUGUGGUGAAGAAUUUCGGCUUCGUACACAUGGAAAACGAAGAUCAGGGCCGCGAGGCGAUACAGCACCUGAACGGGUACGUGAUCGGUGGGCAAGCGAUCAAGGUGGAGGCGGCCAGAAGUCGCCGCGCCCCGAACGCCAACACGACAAAGAUAUUCGUCGGCAAUCUUACGGACAAAACGCGCGCCCCGCUAGUACGCGAGCUGUUUAAGAAGUUCGGUACCGUCAUCGAGUGCGAUAUCGUGCGGAACUAUGGCUUCGUGCAUCUCGAUGCGACCGGAGACGUGAACGAUGCGAUCCGGGAACUGAACGGUAUGAUGGUGGACGGGCAACCGAUGAAGGUGCAGGUGUCCACCAGCCGCGUCCGGCCGAAGCCGGGUAUGGGCGAUCCGGAACAGUGCUAUCGGUGCGGUCGGGCCGGCCACUGGUCGAAGGAGUGCCCGCGCCUGAUCUGGGCCGAACGAGGCUUCCGCGAACGCAGCAUGUACGCACGGGAUCCGUAUCCGCCGCCGCCACCGCCGCCCUUCCUUCGCGAUCGUAUAAUGGACGGAUUUAGGGACACCUUUGACUACUAUGAUCGGUAUGAAGAUCCACGCGACCUGUUCGAACGCCGGUACGGUAUCCGGGGACGUGAUUUUCCCCCCAUAAGGCGCGAACCGAUGCCCCCGAUACCGCCCCUGAUGAGGCGCAGUGUUACCGAGAGUAGCCGCAGCAGCAGCAGCUACGAAGCGAUCUUCAGCCGGCGUACGCCGCCUCCGACCAGCCGGAACGGAAGCAGCAGCAUCAGCCGGUUCGGUGUGUACGAAGACUUUAGCCGGGAUUCGUUCGACGAUAGGCGCGGACUGCGAGGACCUUCGCCGACCCAUCGAUACGCACCGUACUGAGACGCGGAUUGAACUAAUAUGGUUGAAUGGUGGUAGAGACCACCCGACCUUGCCACCACGAUCCAUGCUCACAGCUGCAGGAACUUAGAUCAGAUAAACCUUACAUACAAACAAAACUAACGCCGCAAAGACGCCGGAAAAGGAUUUGCAGCAGCUGAGAGAGGGAAACAGGGGAAUUUGUAUUACCCAUGAUUAGUGUAAUACACACACACACACCCCCCCAUCGGCUUGGCUGCAGAUAGCUGCAAGGUUGUACUUACAGCUCCUUGAAACCGUGUAAUUGAAUGUGAGCAAGCGUGGAAGGACAGUUCCACAGGAGUUCUGUGGGCAGUAGGGGUGGCAGAGUUUCAAAUCGUAACGCUAAUAUACUUGCCCGCUGGUGGCAGUGAAGCGUGUUAGGCUAUAACAAAUUCUCAAACCCGAUUCAUGAUGCAUUUUCUCUUCGUUCAUGUCUUCAUAUGUUAGCUGAUUUGUAUAAGUAUGUGAUGGUCAAUAAUCGUCUGCCUGUGUUGCGUAAAUCAUAUUUUAUUUUGAACCCUACGUGUUUACACUCAUUGCAUACAUUUUUCAUAUUAUUAUUUUGUGCGCCGUAAUAGCUUUUACAACUAAUCAACAGCACAGAUGGAAAGUUUAGUUUAAGGUUUCGUUUUGUCUUCAUUUGAAAAUUAUAAAAGCUAUCCUUUGAGUGGUUCGCAAAAGCCAGAGCUGUGUACGAAAGGGAAAUGCGAGUUGAGUCGAAGGAUAGAAACGCAGUGUAAUGCAAGCAACUAGAAACGGGCAGGAUCGGACGGACAGCGGACAUAAAACUAUAAUAGUUAUAUCGUAAGCUACUAAAGAUAAUAAACAAAAAAACGUCGUUUUAAAUACCUGAACA